UAAAGAUGAGUGUUUUGCAGGGGAACAUGGCAGAGUUUCAAGGAUCCAGCUCUAUGUCCAUGAACAGUGACAAAUUAGGAGAUUAUCCUCCAGUCUUCAGUCGUGAACUUGGACCAUCAGGCAAAAAACAUCAACAACACAAACACAGACCACAGUUUCCAGGAUCCAGCUCUGUGUCCAUGAACAGUGACAUGUCCAGAGAUUAUCCUCCAGUCUUCAGUCAUGAACCUGGACCUUCAGGCACACAACGUAAACAACACAAACACCAAGCAGAGUUUCCAGGAUCCAGCUCUGUGUCCAUGAACAGUGACAAGUCCAGAGAAUAUCCUCCAGUCUUCAGUCAUGAACCUGGACCCCCAAUCACACAAGAGAAGAAGAUGAAUUUCUUUGUGGAGAAGCCAGUGUCAUGUUGUGUGUGGUGUCAGGAUGUCCUGAAGGAUUCAUCUACAGACUUCUGUCCCCAAUGUGGAGUCAAGUCUGGAACCAGAACUUUUCAGCAGACAGCCAAUACUGAUCUAGAAAAAGUUUUUGAUGUAUUAAAGGUCACUCUGAGGACACGAUAUGAACAUGUGAUUGAACGAACUGAUAAAACAGGAAUUGGAGCCCUCCUCAGAUUGAUCUACACUGAGCUCUACAUCACAGAGGAGCAGAGUGAAGCUGUACACUUCCAACAUGAGGUGAGGCAGGUGGAGAGCGCUUGUAAGAAGACCCUCUGUGAAACACCAAUCAGCAGCAAGGACAUCUUUAAAACCUUACCUGACCAACAAAGACCCAUCAGAGUGGUUCUGACAUAUGGCGUUGCUGGCAUUGGAAAAACCUUCUUGGUGCAGAAGUUCACUCUGGACUGGGCAGAGGGCUUAGAAAACCAACACAUCAGUGCGGUGGUUCUGCUUUCAUUCAGGGAGCUGAACUUGGUCAGAGAUGAGCAGUACAGUCUCCUGGAGCUGAUCCAUGUUUUCUAUCCAACAUUACAGAGCGUCACAGCAGAGAAGCUCACUGUGUGUAAUCUUUUGUUCAUCUUUGAUGGCCUCGAUGAAAGCAGACUUUUGUUGGAUUUCACUAACAGGAAGCUUGUGUCUGAUGUCACACAGAAGUCAACCAUCAUCUACAUGUUCCACUGUUACACCAACAGGAAGACAAAGGUGCUGCAGGACUUCCUGAGUGAGGACAUCUCAUCUCUGGAAGAUUUUCUGGGCAGAGUCAUGGAGGAAUCCUUGGUUCUUGAGAAUAACCACCUGGAACUGUUUGUUCGUUUCCUCCAUGGCCUCGCUCUGAAGUCCAAUCAAAUAAUUUUAGGAGGUCUGCUGGGUCAGACAGAGAACAGUCCAGAAACCAUCCAGAGAGUCAUCAACAACCUGAAGGAGCUUAGAACUGAUGACAAGUGUCCUGAAAGAUGCCUAAACAUUUUCCACUGUCUGAUGGAAAUGAAGUACCUCUCACUACAUCAAGAGAUCCAAGAGUUCCUGAAGUCACAGAACAAAUCAAAGAAGGAACUCUCUGGAAUUGAGUGCACAGCUCUUGCAUAUAUGCUGUUGAUGUCAGAAAAUUUUUAUGAUGAGUUGGAUCUGAAAGAAUACAAAACAUCAAAGGAAGGACGACGGAGACUGCUUCCAGCUGUGAUGAAUUGCAGAAAGGCCCGCUUUGAGAACGUCACUUUGUCAGAGAACAGCUGUGCUGCUCUGCUCAUUGCUCUGAAGUCCAACCCCCCCUAUCUGAAACGUCUGGAUCUAAUAGGAUGCAACCUGGAGGGCGCAGGGAUGAAACAACUGUAUGAUUACCUGGAGAGUCCACACUGUAAACUACAGUUUAAAAGGUCAGUUUACUUGACUUAG